AUGUGCUUGCAGUUACCCCUUUUUCAGUGCAUCAGUGCGGUCACUUUUAUGCAGAUCCUUGUCGUCUCUGAGACAGCGUGGUGCAACCUGGCGUUGGCAUUGGAGGCAAGAGCAAAGGAUGUAUUGAAAGGAAGCAAAGCACCGGAGCUCAUCUCCACGGGACCUCGAUACGGAGGCGGGUUCGGCGGUGAUGGUGGUGGGUACGGUGGUGGGGGAUACGGUGCAAGUGGACACGACGGAGGCGGGUACGGAGGGCAUGGUGGGGGAGGUUACGGUGGAGGAGGUCACGGUGGGGGUGGUCACGGUGGAGGAGGUCAUGGUGGGGGAGGACAUGGUGGAGGAGGUCACGGUGGUGGUGGUCACGGUGGAGGAGGUCAUGGUGGGGGAGGAUAUGGUGGAGGAGGUCACGGUGGGGGUGGCCAUGGCGGGGGAGGUCACGGUGGAGGAGGACGUGGUGGGGGAGGUCACAGUAGUGGCCAAGGAAGCCAAGGAAGUAGUAAUUCACAAGGCAGCUAUGGUGGUGGGUACAAGCACCACGGGGACGACCACAGCAACCACUAUGACGGCCACGGCAGCAGUGGACACGGUCACGGAGGACAUGGUUUCCACAAGCAUGGCAGUGUCGACCAGGGCAAGCACGGCGGUGGAAGCUACGGAGGUCAGGAGAGUGGUAAAUCGCAUCACGGAGGAGACGGUAGCCACGGUGGAAAGUUCGGAACCGACCACGACAAGAAGCACGGCCACAAGAGCUUCGGCCACAAGGAUGUCUACCACAAGGAAGACGCGGAGCACCACACCAAGUACUACGAUGACUAUCAUGAUGGAGACAACAAAAAGAAGUACAAUCAACACCAUGAACAGUACGAUAACAAGGGUGGAAAGAUGCACCACGGACACCACCACAAGCAACACCACGACAAGAAUAAACACGGCCAUGAACAUCACAAACAUGGGCAUGGCUAUCGCGAUAACAAGCAUGCUGUUGACGCCGGUCAUGGUGGUCACCAUCACAAAGGUGGAGAAGGCCAUAAGCACGGGGGAGGUGGACAUCAUAGCGAUUAUUCCAAGUAUUCUAAAGGGUCUCAAAGUCACGGUCAUGGUGGCGGAGGGCAUUCCGGAGGAGGACAUGGAGGUGGCGGUUAUGGUGGUGGAGGCCACGGCGGCAGUGGUGGAUAUGCGUCUCAUCAUGUGCCUGUGACUGUUCAUCAUCGUGUUGUUCAGCAUGGACAAUGA